AGUCAAAGGCUACCACUUUUACAUCCCUCGAAGUAGUUGGGGAAAAUUGGUGCGGAAAAUAAAAUUACCUGCGGUGCGAUUUCAAAAAUUUUCGAAAAGAGGCGACUAACACCAAUUGACACGAGUCGCCCAACGAUUUUGGUAGUUUUGAAUUAAAUCACAAACAAAAGUAACGAUCGCUUAAUUUAUAAAUACAAAACAAUGGCCAGUUUAAUGAGGGUGCCAUCGAUUUUGGCCAAAAAUGCGGCUGCAAUGCUGCGUGCCUCAUCUGUUGUGCCACAACGUGAAUUAUCGAUAACUCAUGGCAAACGUGAUGCCUCGUCAAAGCCAGAUGCCAUCUCCAAGGAAUAUCCUAUUGUGGACCAUGCCUAUGAUGCCAUUGUUGUGGGUGCUGGCGGUGCAGGUUUGCGUGCUGCUUUUGGUUUAGUGGCUGAAGGUUUCAAAACAGCUGUCAUCACAAAAUUGUUCCCAACACGUUCGCACACAAUCGCCGCCCAGGGAGGCAUUAAUGCUGCCUUAGGAAACAUGGAAGAAGAUGACUGGAAAUGGCACAUGUAUGAUACAGUUAAGGGCUCUGAUUGGUUGGGCGAUCAAGAUGCCAUUCAUUAUAUGACACGUGAAGCACCCAAGGCUGUCAUUGAAUUGGAAAAUUAUGGUAUGCCCUUCUCUCGUACACCCGAUGGUAAAAUCUAUCAACGUGCCUUUGGUGGUCAAAGUUUGAAAUUCGGCAAGGGAGGCCAGGCUCACAGAUGCUGCGCUGUAGCUGAUAGAACUGGUCACUCUUUGUUGCACACCCUUUAUGGUCAAUCAUUGAGCUAUGAUUGCAACUAUUUUGUGGAGUAUUUCGCCUUAGAUUUAUUGAUGGAAAAUGGAGAAUGCCGCGGUGUUAUUGCCUUGAAUUUGGAAGAUGGCACCCUACAUCGUUUCCGUGCUCGCAAUACAGUCAUGGCAACUGGUGGUUAUGGACGCGCUUACUUCUCCUGCACCUCAGCUCACACUUGCACAGGUGAUGGCACCGCUAUGGUGGCUCGCCAAGGUUUGCCCUCUGAGGAUUUGGAGUUCGUACAAUUCCAUCCCACUGGCAUUUAUGGUGCUGGUUGCCUUAUUACCGAAGGUUGCCGCGGUGAAGGCGGUUAUUUGGUAAAUGCCAAGGGCGAACGUUUCAUGGAACGUUAUGCUCCAGUUGCUAAGGAUUUGGCCUCUCGUGACGUUGUUUCCCGCUCCAUGACUGUUGAGAUUAUGGAAGGCCGUGGUGUUGGUCCCGAAAAGGAUCAUGUCUACUUGCAAUUGCACCAUUUGCCCCCAGAGCAAUUGGCUCAACGUUUGCCCGGUAUUUCAGAGACUGCCAUGAUCUUUGCUGGUGUCGAUGUAACUCGCGAACCCAUCCCUGUGUUGCCUACAGUGCACUACAAUAUGGGUGGUAUUCCUACAAACUACAGAGGUCAAGUUUUGACCAUCGAUCAGAAUGGUAAUGAUAAGAUUGUUCCUGGCUUGUAUGCUGCUGGUGAGGCCGCUUGUUCUUCGGUACAUGGUGCUAAUCGUUUGGGUGCUAACUCUUUGUUGGAUUUGGUAGUUUUUGGACGCGCUUGCGCCAAGACCAUUGCCGAAGAAAACAAACCAGGUGCUACUCCCCCAUCUCUCAAGGAUAAUGCUGGUGAAAUGUCUGUUGCUAACUUGGACAAGCUGCGUCACGCUAAUGGCAGCAUUACCACCGCCGAUUUACGCUUAAAAAUGCAAAAGACAAUGCAGCAACAUGCUGCUGUCUUCCGUGAUGGCCCAGUACUUAAGCAAGGUGUUGAAAAGAUGACCUCCAUCUACCAAGAAUUCAAGGAUAUUAAGGUUGUAGAUAAAUCUAUGGUUUGGAACUCUGAUUUGGUAGAAACCUUGGAAUUGCAAAAUCUGUUAGCAAACGCCAAGAUGACUAUUGUGGCUGCCGAAAACCGCAAGGAAUCCCGUGGUGCUCAUGCCCGUGAAGAUUACAAGACACGCAUUGAUGAGUAUGACUUUAGCAAGCCUUUGGAAGGCCAACAAAAGGUACCCCUGGAGCAACAUUGGCGCAAACAUACUCUCCUAUGGGUUAGCGAUGAUAAGGGCACUGUUGAAAUCAAAUACAGACCUGUCAUCGACCACACUUUGGACGAUACUGUACAAACUGUGCCACCAGCAAUUCGCUCGUAUUAAAUUAUGUAUCCUAGCUGCUCCUCUCCCAUAUUUUUCGGUUUUAAAAAUUCCUUAACUUCCCUGCCCAUCAAUCUUUUGUAUAAGUUAAAUUAAAUAAUCAAUUAAACUACGACAAGCAACACACACAAACGUCUACUACCAACUAUAAA